CAGGUGCUGCCCACCACAAGGCUGCAGCUGCUCUAUUUUCAGAUUUGACGUCACUGUGGUUUCUCAAAGGGUUUGGAGAAAGUUAUGAAUGAGAUUCUGUUUGGAUAAACUUUGCUAAUAUUUCCAUGUUUGCAUUGCAGUGAGGGAGGGUAGUGAAUCACCUGAACACUUUAUGUGCAUCUUUGCACCUGUUACAAAUGUACUUGGCUCUAUGGUGGAUCUUUAGACUGAUCAGUGGGGUGGGAGGGGAGUUCAUAAUUUUGUUUGGAGAUGCAGUAUUGUGCGUGACCCCUCCCCUGGUUGUACUGGGGUUAGCGUGGCCCUGUGGUGUAAUAUAAAGGCCUCCGAUCUCUCCCCUCUCUAGUAUAAAGACCAAAUGUCUGCAGGGCAUGCUUAAUGUUAUUGUACUGAUCAGUAGAGGUGUGGCACAUCUUUGUGACACAUCUUCAGACAGAAUCAGAUUCAGAGUUUUAGAUUGUAGAUGUUUUCAGAUUUAGAGAGAAACUCAGCGUGACGCCAUUUAUUUGUCAUUUAAGUUUUGGUUUACCAGGUAUAUAUCCUUAUACCCAUUUAUUUUUAAGUUUUUGAUUUUUGCCAUGAUGUGGGAGUUCAGGUCUAUGUCAUUCUGGAGGGCAGUUUUUGCUGAGUUUUAUGGCACCAUGUUCUUUAUUUUCUUUGGCCUUGGAGCCGCUCUGCGCUGGACCACUGGGCCUCACAAUGUUCUGCAUGUGGCCUUUUGCUUUGGGUUGGCAGCUGCCACUCUGAUCCAGUCUAUUGGUCACAUCAGCGGAGGACACAUCAACCCUGCUGUCACCUUUGCGUAUUUGAUCGGCUCUCAGAUGUCCCUGUUUAGGGCUUUCUUCUACAUCAUUGCCCAGUGUCUGGGAGCCCUGGCUGGUGCUGCUGUCCUCUAUGGGGUCACUCCCACUAACAUGAGGGGAAAUCUGGCUCUCAAUACGCUGCAGCCAGGGAUCAGCCUGGGCAUGGCCACCACCAUAGAGAUCUUCCUCACGGUGCAGCUGGUCAUCUGCAUCUUUGCUGUGACUGAUGAGAGGCGUAACGGCCGCCUGGGUUCUGCAGCUCUGGCCAUCGGUUUCUCUGUGCUCAUGGGACAUCUUCUUGGGAUGUACUACACCGGAGCAGGCAUGAACCCAGCGAGAUCAUUCGCCCCUGCAGUUCUGGUCAGAAACUUUGUCAACCAUUGGGUGUACUGGGUGGGGCCGAUGAUUGGAGGGGCCAUAGGAGCUCUGCUGUAUGACUUCAUGCUGUUCCCUCGUAUGCGCGGCCUGUCUGAGAGGCUGGCCACACUGAAGGGUAUCAGACCUCCAGAGGCACAGGGGCAGCCAGAGACCAGAGGAGAGCCCAUCGAGCUCAAGACCCAAGCUCUAUAAACCACUACAGGACAAGUGCAUCCUAAACCUGAACAGAAUUUACAAUACCUCCUCCAACAGUCUCAGUCUGUAACCCACCACAGGACCACCCUGGGGCAGGGGCCACACCUGUGGACCACCGGCCUCUCUCCUCCAGCCACACAGACCCCGAGUCUGAAACGGUGGUUUGACAAAGACUUGCCCAAUGUGGCUGAACACAUCAUGGGCUUUUUGUGUGAUUUUUUUUUUUUUUAAUGUUUGCUCCCCUUUUUGUAUUCUGAGUGAAACAGUAGAGCAGUAACCUUCUGCAUGAUGCUUAUUUUUGACUUAUCUGUUUUUAUGAACUUUGGGUAAAUGACACGUGCGGUAGACAGUUUUGGUAAACGUUUGUUGUGGUUGUGUGAGGAAAUCAUGUCUGUCACAUUUGUGAGCGUGUUUGUGUGCUUAUUUAUUUUUUUUAUUUUUUAUUAUUUCAGUCUUAUGCUCCAACAUAAUACAUUUUCACCUUAUUUCACAUGCUUUGAAGUUAGCCUUUGGCCCCAUGUUUUGAGAUGUAUAUAAAAACUGGGCUAUUACAAUUUAAACUGUGAUUUUUGUUCAAAUCAACUUUGCUUUUCAUUUGAGUUUAGUUUUUCUCUUUUAGUGCAGCACUUUUACAGAUGUACAGGUGUGGACCUAGUGUGCAUUUCUCCUGUUUGUCUUCACAUCAGCAUUUGAAUUGAUUUACUUCGUUUGAAAAUAUGAAUGUGUCUGUGGCUCACAGUAACAAACGUCUGGUUUGCUUAUCGAGCUCAGAAACCUUAAUUGUUAAAGAAUGAGAGUAUGAAAUGAUACAUUUUACCCCCCACCCCCCUUGUUUAUAUGGCAGCCAUCUAGUGAGCCCAUUAAGAGACAUUAUGUGCUCUCUCUGCUUCUCUUAGUGUGAUUUGUUUGGGCAGUGGCUUUAGCGUGAUGUUGAAAUGUGCUUUGUAAAAGACUUUGAUGUACAGUGUAAAAUCUUCUUUUCUAUGAACUGACAUUGGAUGAAUAGUGUACUUGAUUGACAUACUUUGUGGACCUUCUGGCUGUCAGAGGGGGAGAGACGCCUCUAAUUACACAUUAAGGUGCUAGGCCGAUCUUCACCUUCACCAUGAUGUAUUAUUUUUAUAUGUAAAGAAAAUGCUAUGUUUCUAACUUCCUUCUCUUUCUUAUUUAAUGUUAUUGUACAGUAUGAUUUUUACACACAAACAAAAUCACAGUACCAACAUCCACCCAAGGCCCAUUUUAAUGUGAGCCAAGGGACGUUUCAAUAAACAAAAACUUCACAAAGCUAUUUUUGUAUUCAUCAAAUUAGAGGAAGAUACAGGCAAUAUAUUUUUAUUGUAAAAUGAACACACAAAAAUGGAAAAGUCAGAUUAACAAAGCAGCUAUACACAUUUUAAAGAAACCAGUAGGAAACCAUACAUACAUUCACUUAGGCAUCAUUUUACAAGCUCAGGUCCACAAAAAUGAUAAAAUUAUGUAUUUCACAGCUUAACUAUACAUACCUCAGAAAAAGAUGUGACAAACAAUACUGUAAUACCACAUAACAUGACAAAUGACCCUUUGGUUUAUGCACUAGCCAGACUACUUCAUAGAACUUCACACUGAGAAAGCUUCCACAUUCUUUGGUGUGGUGGUUUUCUACUUGCGCUGUUUCUGGUAAAGAUAGCUCAAAAAUAACAUUGUAUAAAUAUAUGGCAGCACAAUUUGUAACUACCAUAGCUAAAACAA